AUGGCUACAAAAUUCAAGCUCAACACAGGUGCCGAGAUCCCGGCAAUUGGCUUUGGUACAUGGCAAGACGCACAUGCUCAAGAAGAAGCGGUGCUAGAAGCGAUAAAGGCGGGCUAUCGACAUAUAGAUACCGCGCGAGUUUACGGAACCGAAAAGGCCGUCGGCGCAGCCAUCAAAAAGAGCGGCAUCCCACGAGAGGAACUCUUCAUCACCACAAAACUCUGGAAUAAUAAACACCACCCAGAAGAUGUGGAACCCGCGCUCCAAGACUCGCUGGAUGAUUUGGGCCUUGAGUAUGUGGACUUGUUCCUCAUGCACUGGCCCGUUGCUUGGAAACGCGGCGACAAUCUAUUUCCCAAACAGAAUGGUAAAGCAGCAAUGGAAGAUGUUGAAGUCGUCUAUACCUAUAGAGCGAUGGAGAAACUACUCAAAACCGGAAAGACCAAAGCGAUAGGCGUCUCGAACUUCUCCAAGGCGGAACUGGAGAAGUUACUCGACAAAACGUGGGUUGUUCCAGCUGUGCAUCAGAUGGAAUGUCAUCCAUGGUUACAGCAACGAGAUUUUACUGAAUGGCAUCGGCAAAAGGGCAUCCACGUUACGCAUUAUUCGCCAUUUGGCAAUCAGAAUGCAUUCUACGGGAUUAAAGCUGGUUUUGGGAAAUUGAUUGAAGAGCCUGUCUUGAUUGAAAUUGGAGAACCGUAUGGAAAAAGUGCUGCUCAGAUUACUCUUGCUUGGGGAGUUUCGCAAGGACAUUCUGUUCUUCCCAAAUCUAAGACACCCUCCCGGAUCAAGUCCAAUCUGGAAGGAGAUUUCAAGUUGAGCCCACAGGAUAUGAAGAGGAUUAAUGGAAUCAACAGAAAAGUGCGAUUUAACGAUAGUAGUGGUGAGUUCGGACGAGACUUCUUUGAGGACUUGGAGGAUAAGACGGGAUAG